AUUAUUGAUAAAUAAUAAAUGAUAAUACUCUUGCCUGUUUCAUAAUUCAUUAUUUCAAUUGCCGAAGCACAUGACAUAGGCAUUACAUUAUUUAACUUCAAUUAGUAAUUACAGCAUUUAAAACUUAUAAAUUCUAUACUCAACACAUUUUUAUAUAUAAUAACGUUAUUUAUUGUCAACGUGUAUUUAAAUUAAUAUUAAUCAUGAAUACUUUUAUCAGAUCGUUAAGAUCUACCAUGAAAAUUUCCAAUGUGAUCGUUAAUAACAGUACCAGAAAUAUGUCAAUGGUACCCAUCUACCGUUCAAUGUGGUCAUCAACAGGGAAAUUAGAUCUAAUACGACCUUUAAACGCACGGCUUGCACACUCGUCAGUUGAAAAGGAAUUGCAACAGUUCUUGGACAAUGAAAUUAAAAGCGAAGAACAGACAUCUGACAAAUCACAUUUACCUAAAACAUUUGAAGGAUUCAAAGUAUCUGCUGAUGGUGCUGAAGUAGAAUUGACAAAGGAAACUUCUGAUGAAACAAUUGCCAUAAAAUUUAAUAUCAAUCACUCGGUAACAGAAGAAGAAACUGAAGGAGUAGAUAAAGUUGCAUUAAGAUCUAAGCCAGAUUUUGAAAUAGAUAUAACUCGAGGUGAUGUUGUUCUCGGCUUCAAUUGUUCAUAUGCCAACAACUUUGAAAACACAGAAUUAGAUGAAUCAAAUGAUGAAGUAUUUCACAUUGAUGAAGUAACUAUUUAUGAAAACAAAUACUCUGACAAUAAAUAUGCCUUAGCUGGAGAUACAUUGGAUGCUGAUCUCUAUGAUUUAUUGAAGACAUUCCUAACAGAGAAAGGCAUAUCCAACACAUUUAUUGAAAAUAUUUCAGAUUUGAGUACACAGUAUGAACAAAAAGUAUAUAUCAAAUUUUUAAAUGAUCUAAGAAAAUUUUUUUAAGAUUGUCAUCAAUAAUCCAAAGUAUAAAUUUAAACACUAACUUUGUAUAUUACUUUAGUCUGAUGUAAUAGAAAAUAAACUAUGAAGCUUUCAAGUAGUUUUUUUUUUAUCAGGUAUUAUUUAAUUCUUUUUUUUUUUAAAUUUAUUAUUUUCCUUGAUAUAAGUACAUCCUAUGUAUUUCAGUUAUUAAAAUAAUUAUAAUUAUUAAUAAUAGUCA